UGAAAGAGAACUUUUAUGCACUUUCAGGAACUUUCCUUUUCGCCAAAUCGUGGUGUCAGAAAAUGGGAAUUUAUUACCUGUUUUUGUUAUUCAUACUUCUUCAUGGAUUUGAAACGGGAGGUAAGCAAGACUGGAUUUAUGUUAAAUAAUAUUAGUCGGACGGAUGUGUUUGUGUGGUUGGGAAUGCUGACAAGCAUUGCGGUGACUUCUACAAAUGCUUUUCUCGUUGAUUGAAAAACUUGCAAAUGAUUGUCGAUAAAGCUGAAAUUCAGAGGUAGUCAAGGGGAUUUAAGAGGGACUAUAUUGACUACAAGUCAUGACCAUUCCUUCCCAGUUGUCGGUUUUCUUUGAUCCAUUCGACUCACGAGACUUUUGUUGCAGUUGGGGAAAAGAGGAUGGUCUCAGCGGGACGGUCAUUUCGCUUACAUUUUGCAUUUAUAGGACCCAAAAUUAACCAAUGAAAGCAGUGAAUUAAUUGAUUGCUAAGAUUCAAAUGUAUCACUGUAUUUAACAAACUCGAGGGCACAAAUAGUAGUAGAAUUGGCAAGGUUAAGCUAUCAAACAUUCAACUGUCAGGUUUCCUCUUUUUCUGUUAGUCGAUUGCUUCCUCAAAUACAUUGUAGACCCUUCCACGGUUUUUUCAACUUUUAACGUAAACUAGUAAGUGAAAUCCAAUUGACAGAGCCGAACAGAGAUCCUAACAAAUAAUAAUUAGACCAAGUUCCAGAGCGAUUUGUCGAAAAAGAACAAAGAUGUAUAGCUCGGGUUGGUUGGUUGAGGGCACCUAUCAGCACUUUAAACAUAUUACUUUUAAACUUGCCAAAAAAAAGGGAAAGGUCUAUUAAUUUACCGGGAUGUCCAACAGUGUCUCUAUUUCCUUGGUCUACAAUCCUUUAUCAAUUUGUUUUUAAUGUACAGUCUAAGGCAAGAAUAGUUGGGACACUUCCUCCAACACUGCUUUUUCACCUCUGGCCUGUGUCGUUGUCCUCCCAAUGCUGUUUAUCGCAGUUAAUUCACUAAAUCUUGCAUACCAACAUUGGAAGGGCAAGAAGAUAGCAAAGUGUCCCAAACGUUUUGACUGAGACUGUAGCAUAAGUUUUCAUAUUUACAUCCAGAUGUAGUAAAUCGAUAAACCGAGAAUCGAUAGUAAUCGAUAUCAAUCAUUGAUGAAUAUAUCGAUUUCCGAUAUCAAUCGAUUGAAAUCGAUAAAGAAAAAAGUUGUGACUUUGAUUAAUAUCGAUUUCCAAUAGAAAUCGAUGAUGAUUUUUUAUCAAUUGUUAGCGAUAACUAUCGAUUAUUAUCAUCUGAUGCAAAUUUCUCUUACUUUUCAUUGUUUUCUAUUGCCAUUUUGAGACGUAUGUAAUGAGGAUUAAUGCUUCGUCAUGACACAUCGCAUGGCAGUUUUUUGUGUCGCUUGGCUUGUUUACUUGGCUUGUUUACACUCACAUCUAUUGCGUGCCUAUUGCAACUUUGAAUCAAAACAAGCGAUCUCGAAUACUCUAUUUGGGCAAUGCCUAAAUAUAAAAAGGAUGCAUGGAGAUAUUAUUUCAAGUGAAGACACACUGUCGGGAAAAGCUACAAAAAACUUAAGGCAGGAAUGAUGGAUACAGCGAUUGCUGAUUAACACUAAGGAACUAUCUGCUUAAUUGCACAAAGAAAAUUAUGUUUUUACAGCACAGUACCGCUCAAAAGUAAGUUACCACCCUCUUGCGAGACACAAAUCUCGUUGCACGCUAUGCGAUUCCUGUAGCACAAGACACGAUUCUCAUAGCGUACAAUGGCCUAAACACUGUAAGUAUCAUGGCCAAAAUUCUAGAGCGAUUUAGAGAAUCAGAGGUAAAGCUUUACUGUGACUAACACGCAAACAAAUUUUUACCUCAGUCUGCAACCUGUAGACCUACCUGUAGACUGUGGCGUAUAAUUCGCUUUGUGAAGGAUCAGCAUUUCGGCAUUUGUGUAAAACAUGCUUUUAAUAAAGUCGCUUUAUAUCCACUGCACCACAUUGAAAACUAGUUUUUUUAAAAAAAACAACUUUGAGAUGAUAGCUUUGCUUGUAACUGCCUGCAGGUUUUGUUAAACGUUACGAGCUGAAAUGAAUCGUAGACCGAUCGGCAACGCGUUCAAAAGUGCUGUUGUAGCAUUUGGCUUCUUUUGGACAAACGGAUGCGCUAGCAUCAGAACUCUACAGGCGAACAUCUAAGUUGGAUAUUUAAAAACCUAUCAGUUGAUGGAGCUUCUUUACAGGUUAAGCCAGUGAGUUUACUGAAGCACCGAAAAGCCUAUCUUUUCGUAGUAUGCAAAUAGGGUACCUGAGAAGUAGGUUUCAAAGUACACUUGUUUUGACACGAUGCAAAUUUGUGAUGUGCUGUCACCCAAGAAGAUGCUUUUCGGCAACUGUUGUCUUAUUUGGCCGCUGUAAUUUGUUAAAUUUAAAACAACUUUCUUUCAGAAAUCAAGUGACUGUGUAAAAAAGCUACAAAGAAUUGAUGUUGUUGAUAUCUCAUUGGCGAAAGUUGCUGCUACACGUAAACCAUAUAAACAAAUGCACUGUUGUCUUAUUUGGCCGCAGUAUUUUGUUAAUCUUUCGUAAAUAGUGCCCGACACUAACGCUAGUCCACUAGCCCAGGACUAGUAAAACUUCACCCUGCAAAGCUGAUUUUAUUCUUUCUAAAAAGAUUCCUCAUGACACUUCAAACUUUUCUAUAGCUGGUUCAUACAGCCACAGGAGUCUGAGAACUGACUCUUCUUGAAACCUUUGUACGUGCAUAACACCUUUUCAAGAAAAUAAUCCUUGCAACAGGAAGGGACCAAGAAACUCAUGUGAAAUGUUAGAAAAAAAGAAACAUGCCUAUGCAAAAUACGCAUGAUUUGCUCAUUCGCACUCAAGUGAUAGGUUAUACCUAGUAUAAUGUCUACUGUGGGUGAACUAAAGAAAGAUGACAAUCAUUGCUAUCCAAAGACAAAAUACCUAAAUUUCUGACUAAAACUUAUUAUGAAAGACAUGCAAGAAUUAAUAUGCCCAAAAAUAUCUCUGAAUGGAUGCCAUCUACUUUUUUGAGGAGUAUCUGAAAGGAAAAACACCUGUUUGAAAUCUGAAAUCAUGCUGAAAAAAACAGGCAAAUGUUUUGAAGAAGGUUUUUAUCCACAAAAUAAUAGAAUUGGCCUUGUGAAAACCUACCGUUGCUGCAAAGCCACCAGCUUUUGCUGCACACUAUUUCAGGCUGUGACAUAUAUGGCCAGCCUGGGUUGCCUAUACCCGAAGCCAGGUGCUUUUAGAGUUUCUUUUGUGUUUAAAAAAACAGAUGGUAGUGGUCCUGUAUUUCGUUAUUUUAUGUUCACAAUAAUGUCUACCAUUUUCAUCAAUCUUAUGGGAUUAGCAAAACAGAAUUGAAAAUGCUGGUGCCACUGAAUAUCAAUAAUAAAAGAAUAUUGAAUAUUCCAAAUCCAAUGUAAGAUGUAGAUGCUGUAAAUUUACAAACACUAAUUCAAAUGACGAAUAAAUAUAUUUAUUCUAUAAGAGGAACGAUUUUACAAUAGUAUAAUACCAGAUAAGGUUAUGUAUUUUUCGAUUAUUCAAAUCAAGGUGUAACAACAAAAACUUACACAACAAUGAAAAAAAUUUUAUUUAAAGUGCUACUACGAUCAAAUCCAUCACUAGCAUUUUUUUUUCGCUAGAUUGGCAGUUUAGUACUUGAAGUACACGGUGUGCAAAUUAUAGCUUCAUACGAUUAAGGAAAGUGGUACUUUUUUGGGCUCAAAAGCCACCAUUACAAAGCUAUGUUCCUGUGGCCUGGUUACCAAGAACACAAGACAAUUGUUUGUGACGUCAUUCUCUUCACGUAGAACAGUUCUUGAAAUAGAACCCUGCGCAAACAACGUUCCCUUAAUUUUCUCCCACUUCGAUGCGUUCUUGUUUAGGAAAACUCUUUCGAUCUUACUACAUUAGGCUCCGUAUGUUAGCAGCAACCGCUUCAGUCGAUAGAACUGAGCUGCACUUGAGUCUGACCAACUGAAUGAGAGAUUCGAGGAAUAGGUUUGUUUCCAGCUGACAGUUUCGCUGUUUUCUCGGUUUAAUAACUUCGAAGAGUGCUGCAAUAUUAUUUACCGGGGCUUUCAACGCAAACCAGUGGCGGGAAAUUAAACUUGGAUCUUUUGCUAGCAUAUGGAAAAAAGAUCAAUCAACAGAUCUUGAAUCUGAAAGAAAUCUUCGCAUGAAGAGGGAGCGCGUGGAGGUAAGCUUACAUUUCGCAAAACUUGCAGUGAAUGUCCCCAAUCCUCAUUGUUAUGUUUAUUUAUAUCGCCGGUGGUGAUUUUUGCUUUUACUUCUCGCGAAGUCAUCGAAGAUAAAUUUUUUCUUAGACCUUUUUCAACUGGAACGCGACGACUACGAAACUUUUAGGAAACCUUCAAAAAGGUUCUGCCGUAAGGCAACAAAUCACAGAGAGCCCUCUGGUUUUGUAAACACGAUUAUUGCUCACACCUUGCUCUUGUAGUGUACUAUUAUUUUGUUCUGUUACCACUAUUAACAUUCCUUUGAACUUUUAUAAAAAGCUUGAAAGUUCUAUUUAUAAAUUCUUAUUAUAAAAUAUUAAAAUCUAUCAGGAUCAUUGUGCAAAUAUCUGAAUGGUACGAUAUUUUUUAAAUAUACUGUACUAAACGUGAUUCCUUAGUAUUUCCAACAUUAGCUAACAUUCUGGUCACAAUAUCCCUCACUAAACACAAGGUAUGCUUUUUUCAAUUUUAGUCUUUGCGAAACUCAGAGCCUGAUUUAAACUGCACAGACACAUUGUCAGUUCAAACCACAAGCUAAAGCCAGCGAGCUGACACAAGGUUAUUGCAAAAACUAGAUAGAUAGAUAGAAACUUUAUUUAUGUGUCAAGAAAGAAAAACUAGCCGAGGGGCAGGCCCUCUACUAAUAGGGGACACCUACAGUUAAAAUAUAAUAGAUACAAUAAUUAAGUAGAUAAAAAAAUCAUACAAUAUGUUACAAAUUGUUGGCUAAAAUACUAAAGCUGAGUACUAAAAUGCUAAAAUUGUAUAUAUUUUAAUUUGAAAUUUUGUAAAAUACAACAAGAAUUAUUACCAUUUACUGAUGUGGUCUUUAAAUAAAAUUUUGAUCCUAUCUUGAAUGUUGUGUAUUGUUAUUCUUUUGAGUGAAUAAAGAAAAGUUUUGUAUUCUGGCAUUAAAUGCUUAUCACAAUAAUUACUUGCAAUCUGUCAGUCACAUCACUUCAGUGAUUCAGUGCACGAGUGCCCCUGUGUUGGAAUUUACAUCUCAAAUUAUGAUAUACUCUAAUAAUGAUUAUUAGAGUACUAUUAUAGUACUAUUAGUAUUAUUAGUAUUAUUAGAAUACUCUAAUGAUUAUUACAGUACAUACUCUAAUAAUUAUUAGAGUACAUACUCUAAUUAUUAGAGUACAUACUCUAAUUAUUAGAGUACAUACUCUAAUAAUUAGAGUACAUACUCUAAUAAUCAUUAUUAGAGUAUAUCAUAAUUUGAGAUAUAAAUUCCAACACCGGGGCACUCAUGCACUGAAUCACUGAAGUGAUGUGACUGACAGAUUGCAAGUUAAAAAUUAAUUAUCACCAAGGCUUGGUUACUGAAAUAUUUACUGCAAGUAAGGGUUAUGUGCCGCUUUAUGCUUCAUUACUCAAGUUGUGCUCUACCAGCACCCGGUUGGCCCAUGGUGCUUCAGUAUUGUUCUGGGGCAACCAGAAAAUUUUUUCAUAGAAAUCAUGUGUUGGACACCUAGGAUUUCACAAGUUUAGAGCACUGGGCUCCUUUCAAUUUUUCUUGGAGCACAGUCUUGCUGCUUCAAAAAACCUUGGUGUGUCUUUUAAUCUGGGAUAGACUAAUGUUAUUCCUAUAAAUGAGGUAGCUUCAUAGCCCCUUCCCACAUACAUAGGCACUGUCCAUCCUAGUGUAACAACUGAUCUGCACACUUGUCGAUCACAAGAGAAAUGUGAGGUCGCAGUUUAGGACCUGGAGGACAAGUUUUGGUCUUACUUACAGUGUGCAAAAAAGAAAUCCAUUACUUUUUAGUCAUACCAGUGAUUACAUUAAACAAACAAAGGGCUGUAAUACUGUGUAAAGGCUGCAAUUUUAUUGUUUUUGUUUUUGUUGUUGUUGCCUGAUUUAGCAUAGUCUAUUUUGGGGGUAAUUAUAUAGCCUGAGCCAGCCUAGGGCAGGGCCCGCACAGGGGGAAGGGGCUGCCCCACUUUUUGAAAAAGAAGUAAAUAAAAUUAAGCACAGUGGAACCUCGAUAUAACGAAGGGCCAAGGGACUGGCAAAAUAUGUUUGUUAUAAUGAGGUAGGUUCCAUUGUAAUAUAAUUUAUGUACAUUUUCAUAUAAAUAGUAUCUUUGUUGGAAUAAGAAUCUUCCAGCAUCUAAAUUUAUUAUUGGUCUGUUUUGAUCCCAUCAGUCUGAUGUGUAGUAAGCCUCAAAAGGCCUAUCUUAACAAAUCUGCACUUAGUCCUAGAUUUCUGUAUUUUCAAACCAGCAAGGCUGUGUAGCAUUUGCAACGAUGCGGAAUAAUCUUGUUUUUUGAUGAAGGUUCUCAAUUAAGUGUUGUGAAAUUGAUAAACAUGACUCUGCUCAACAAUGACUCAACAAAGGUUAAGUAAUCUGACAGUUCUAAAGUGCCACAAAGAGAGAACAGCCCAAUUUGCUUUCCACCCCCUCCAACCCAAUGUUCAUGGUCACUGGCCCCCGCACGUGAAAAACUGCUCCCCAGGCCCUCUUGGGGGUUUUAACUCUUAAAAUGCUAGUUUCUAAUAAUAUUUUAAAAUGGAAAAAAAAACCAGCUAGGAAAACCCACAUAGCGCGAUAAAGGAUGGGCCUCCAUGAUGAACAUCAUUUCCACUGGGUAAUACUUCUUCCUAGAAGCAAGUGAAUUGUUUAUGGAACACUGUGUUAUCAGCAGAAUCGUGCAACCUAGUGAUGUACUGAACCAUUUAGUUUUUCAAUGCAUAAAGUUGCUCUAUGAUCUACGGACACUCACUUAAUUGGACACCCAUACAGGCAGUUUUGUUUGUCCUGAGGAAAAGCUCACAUUUUUUCUUUAAAAUUAACCAGCUUAGUACGCACAGUAGUUAAUCUUUUCUGUGUUUCAAGUCAGAAAUUCCUCUAUAUUCUUAAUCCAGCUUUACAGACACUGGUUACCCAGGCACUUUCUAUUUUUCUUGUCACAAUGAUGUGCCAAUUGUAGACAUUGUACCAAGUUCACGGGUUAAUAAGAUUUUAUGACCAAAACAUCUGCACAUCUUUCUUUCUUCCCAUGUCUGUAGUCCUUUAAUAAAUUUUCUGCCUCCUACUCAACAAGUUUCACUUGGCUUUUUGCUACAGUCAUUCUUCCUACCCUUCUUCCUCCUUGUUCCUUUAUGCUAUAAAUCAAAUAAAUCACAUGUCUGUGACUUUUUACCAGAGAGCUAACUUAAUAUGGACACCCGGAUAAUACGAUUGUAGCCGUUAUUUCUGGCAGUUGCCUGAUGAUUGCUUCGCAAGAAACAUGAAACUCAGAGUUGCAGUAAAUGUUCAAAUAACCUAGCUCUUGGAGGAUAAUUAUUCAUAGCUCUAGCUCUGCUAUGAGCACUUUAUCAAAAUCUUGUUUACUUGAUCCUGUUCCCACUAAUAUCUUGAAAGAUUGCCUUGAUGAGUUACUUCCGAUAUUAUCUACUACGAUAAACCUGUCGCUUGAAUCAGGAUUUUUCCCUGACAUUUGGAAAGAGUCGAUUGUUACACCACUGCUAAAAAAACAAGGUCUUGACUUGGUUUUUAAAAACUUUCGACCGAUCAGCAAUCUUUCCUUUGUUUCAAAAUUGGCUGAAAGAGUGGCAGCUGAUCAGAUUCAGUCCUACUUAAAUGAGCAUGAUCUUUUUCCUUCAUUGCAAUCAGCCUAUCGACGGCACCAUGGCACAGAAACUGCCCUGCUUAAAGUCAAGAAUGACAUUCUGAUGAACAUGGAAAAUCAGAAGGUCACGUUGUUAGUGCUUCUUGAUUUAAGCGCCGCGUUUGAUACCGUGGACCAUAGGAUUCUCUUAGAUCGCCUUCAGUUUGAUUUUGGAAUUUCAGGCUCUGCACUUAAUUGGAUUGAAUCGUACCUUUCUAACAGAACCCAGCGCAUCUAUAUAGACGGAGUUCUAUCGAGUAAUUUUAAUCUUAAAUUUGGAGUUCCACAAGGCAGCUGUCUCGGGCCAUUAUUGUUUUCCCUCUAUGCUAGUAAACUUUUUAAGAUCGUCGAAUCACAUCUUCCUAAUUCCCAUUGUUAUGCAGAUGACACGCAACUGUACAUCGCGUUUAGAUCAGGAAAUGAUUUGGAGGAGACCGCUGCUAUAACUGCCAUGGAAUCAUGUAUUGCUGAUAUCAGUAGAUGGAUGCAUUCGGAUAAGUUAAAACUGAAUUCGAUAAGACAGAAUGUCUUCUGAUUGGAACACGACAACAACUUCAGAAAGUCAGUAACAUUAGUACCUUAUCGGUUGGGGACUCCCAAAUUGCUCCAUCUUCUGAAGUUGAAACCUAGGAGCUUGGUUUGAUUCUAAAAUGAGUAUGCUAAGUCAUAUCAACAAAACUUGCUCAUCCGCUUUCAAUUAUCUUUAUAACAUGCGUAGAAUUAGGAAAUAUUUAAGUCGUUCAGUCACCGAAUCAUUAGUUCAUGCUUUUAUCACCAGUAGAAUAGAUUAUUGUAACAGUCUACUAUAUGGCCUCCGAAUUCACAUAUCAUGAAACUCCAACGGAUACAGAAUGCAGCGGCUCGGUUGGUCACCGGAACACCUAGAUUCUGCCAUGUUACACCAUUGCUUUUCCACCUUCAUUGGCUUCCAAUAAGUUACCGUAUAAAGUUUAAGAUUCUACUUUUGACAUUUAAGUGCUUAUAUGGUCAAGCUCCUAAUUAUCUAAUUGAUUUCAUUACUACCAAAAAGCAAUCCAAGUACUCUCUAAGGUCAAAUGAGUCUAUAUUCCUCGAGUUACCAUGCAUUAAGACCCAUCCAACUCUUGGCGAUCGUGCAUUCCAGUCAGCUGCACCUUAUCUCUGGAAUGCAUUACCUUCGGAAAUUCGCAACAUGAAGACAUUGGACACUUUUAAGACUGCUGUUAAAACUCAUUUUUUCAAUUUAGCUUUUAAAUAGAUUUAAUUGUUGGCUUUUUAUAAUAGUUUUUUUUUUUUUUUUUUUUUUUUUUUUUUUUUUUAAUUAUUAUCAUUAUUUAUUUAUUUAUUUUUAUUUAUAGUUUUUAAUACUUUUUAUUGUAGUUUUUAAUAGUUGCUCAUGCUUUAGUCACCUUUAACAUAAAUUUAAUAUAACAAUAUUGUAAAGCGCAACCGAAUAUAUUCAUAUAGAGGUUUGCGCUAUAUAAAUGUAAAUUAUUAUUAUUAUUAUUAGAUGAGGAUUUCUUUCCACUUUUUUGGUUAUAUACCUAUUAUAUAUAUAUGUGUGAUCAGUGUAUUAAUCAGUGUAUUAAUUAAAAAAUUAAUUAAUUAACGUGCGGACAUUGCAGAACAUAGCCUGUUCCAGACGUUCAGAUAGUGGGGAGCGGUGCGAAGUAAAAAGGAGCGCGACAAAAAUAAAAGCUCUUUACUCCGCACCGCUCUCCACUAUCUGAACGCUUGGAACAGGCUAUGCAGAACAUAUACGCUGUGCCUUUAACUACUCGAUGGGCUUUUUUUUGUGAUAAAUGCCUGGGUAAAAUUACUAGCAUCGAGCAUAUUGCCUAAUUUUUAUAUUAUUUUGGUUCUAUCAUGAACCCGAAUAUAUAAAACUUAUUUUAGCUCCUUAUCGAGUUCUUUUAAAAUAUCCUCCAGUGUAAGCAAAUCAUUUUUAUAAUUUAUUAAAUCCCGUAGUAUACUAGGAUUCACUCUGUACAAUAAAUCAGAAAUUGGUUUGGCAAUUUCUCUUGCACGUUCAGUAUCUGAUGAAUUAAUUAUAUAUUUAACCAUUAGUGUAUAUAAAAAUUAAAAUUUCCCAAAGUCAAUCGCCCAAAACCGCUUCAAGCUGGUCCAAACCGGUUUUCCAAGGUCAAGGUCAAAUUCCAGGAAAAUCCCAAGGUCGCGCCAAAAUUCCGAGAAAAUCCCAAGGUCGGGGUCAAAUAUUUGAAACUGUGCUCGUGGUUGAGCAUAAAAGUCAUUUAAAUGGCCCCUAUUUGGGAUAAAAAUAUAGCCCAAAAAAGGGGAUUAGAGGAAAGAAUGUACACCAGAUCCAUAGUCUGGAACCGAAAAAAAAAAACUGUGCUCGUGAGCCCAUGUACUCCAGAUCCAUAGUCUGGAGUCAAUAAAAAAACUGUGCUCAUGGUUGAACAAAGAAGGUAUUCAAAUGGCCCCAAUUUGGGCUAUAUUUAUAUCCCAAAUUGGGGUGAUUAGAGGGAAGAAAAUACUCCAGAUCCAUUGUCAGAAGCCGAAAAAAAAAACUGUGCUCGUGAGCCCAUAUACUAUACUACUAAUCGCCACUUCCAAAAGGGACCCUUUGCCAUCUCAUUUGAUAUGGCUACUGUUCGUUAUUUCUGUCACUUUCGCCAAAUACGUCAUUUUCGCCAAAUUGUUGCCAUUUUUGUGUCUUUUUUUGACGUCUCACGGACUGGAACUCUCUCUGCGUAACCACCAGAUAUUUCCUCCAUGAAGUGCAGUAAUCCUUUGGAAACUGAGCGUCGCUAGUGAGCCCUCGUUUCAGUUGCGUAAGGCGACUGAGAGCUAGUUUCUUGCUGUUUGGUAAUUCCACGUUUUCAUUUCUCAGAGGCAGUGGCAUCUCAUAGUGACCGUCUUCUAGUUGAUGGAUACCUCCACGGACUAUCUUCGACGGACAGAGUCUUCUCGUGUGCUUCUUCUUUGAAAUGAAGGGUAAACAUUCUGGACACAUCGAACAUUUCUUUACGGAAGUCUUCAAUGUAAAGGGACACGCUCUUCUGUUUGAGGCUGCUUGAACUUCGCUCCUAGUUUCAGCAUCUUCUGACGUCGACGAUCCUAUCGCACCAAUGAUUCCCCCAUCCAAGGGCAGUUCUCCUUUCGUAGGGGUUAUCUUCUUCACCUGGAAUCACUUCCAGUGGUUUUCUUGCACGGGAGCAGUUAAGACCAAUAGGAUUGCCCACUUCCACGUCUUCAUUUAAAGCUAUAAUCUUCUCUGAAAUCUUUCGAAGGUGUGGCCAGUUGAGAGCGGAUUCAGGUCUUGGAAUUUGACUCUUCCUAGUUCUUCCUGGCUGGUAGAGAAGAUCUUGAAUAGCUUUUAGGGAGGGGAAUGUCCACAUCUUCAGUGAAGCCACUUUCAAUCAUCUUCUCAGCUAGGACUGCUUGACUUCCAAUUUUCGGAGAUCUUCUCUCACAAAACAAGCUUCUGAUGUGUCGUCCUAGAGGGCGUAGGUCAGCAACUUGCUACUAGUGUCCUCUCUGUGGUGUAUCUACACAGGAACGACUAGGGAAAGCAUGCAGGAUGGAUUAGCAUUCUUCUUAUGAGAGAGAUAAACAAGGUGUGAGGUGGCCUCUGGCAUUAAUCUGCAUUACUGCUGUACUUGUUUUCACCGGAAACAAAAUCGCUGGAAGAGAGGUCGGAUGAAAGCCAUUACACGUUUUGCAAACCUGCCCUCUUCAGCAGUUUCUUUUCAUCUGCCCCCACUUCAAUCAGCCAACACAAAGGCACUCGCUCUUAUGAACUGCCCUCUCUCAGUCGGAGACUUCUUCAUGAAUUGUUUACACGUAUCAAAGUCAUGAGGGCUCUUACACAAAGCACAAGGAGCAACUUCAGACUUCUUUUUCCCUUUCCUCACCAUCGUUGCUGUUUGCCUCUUCCUUGGCAUCGGUUGCAAAGGCGCCGUUUUCACAGGUUUUCUUUCUGUUAAAACCGUUCUGUCUUUUUCCUCUGAUUGGAUUGUAUUUGACGACCUCUCUCUGCGGUCUCACUGAUAUUACAGGAUUACAGGCAAUUUUUCACUCUCUUUGAACGAAACGGCAAAAUACCGAGAAAAGAGGGAAGCCGCUAUCAGUGGCAUCACAUGCUUCAUCCCCUUCAUUCUUAUUGAGCUACCGGUCUGCUUCCCAACGUCAACUCUCAACAAGGUAACGAGGGAGCUUAGGGUUUUCGUCUGGAUCGAUCAGGACCUUAGGUAUUCUAUCGUGUUUGCGGCUGUCUGGCAGUGGAUAAGGGAGUCUGAAAACUUCCGUAGGCCUGGUCCAUCGUUCGGCGAAAUCUUGGGCCAAUCAUUUAUCUUUCUUUUGUAGGCAUCGUGCGAAAUGGGUUUUCAAAUCGAUUGGUCAGAAUUUUCUUGGCCCGGUUCGCCGGUCGUGCACUUUUCGAGAUAGUACAAUCGUUGCGACCCUUUCUCUGUUUGCCCUUCUUAAUAGUCUCGAAAGACUUCAGCCAUGGAUAGUGCAAAAGGACCCCUGAAGAUUUCUGGUUCAGGAAAAGGAAGCAUGUCUUUUUUUAGUCGCCGUUGGCACAAAAUGUCGGCUAAUUUAGUUAGCAGGUCUUCAACAGCUGCUCUUUGAGACAGAAAGCUUGUCUGUUCAACUUCUCUGCCUUGUUAUUUCCAUUUCGGCCUUUGCCAUCGCCAAUUGUUUCGCUAGUGCGAGUCUUUUAAGUUCUUCCUCGUUGUUUAAGGGCAGUUGUUUUUCGCACUUCAGCGUCGGCAAAUUCCAAUACUGUUUUCAAUCUCGUGACAUUAGCUGCGAUAGUGGUCUUUCUUUGGAACCUGAACGAAGAAGAAACUUAUUCGCUUAUCUCUCGCAAUGUUUCAGUAUGUUCACGUUCAAGGGACUCGGAUUUCAUCAACGCUUCUUUCUUGGCGUCAUAGUUGUCUUCUAAUGCCUCAAACGAUCGUGUGGAGGUCGCAGUUAGGAUUUCCAUUUCUGUUUCGAGCAAUUUUCGUUCACUUUUUAAAACAUCCACUUCGGUUGAAUCCGCCAGGAGAUUAGAAAGGUUGUUUAUCUGUCUCCUCCUAGCUAGACUGCAAAACAGUCCGUAUUUAUGCGUAUUCAAGUACGCACGGAAGUAACAAAAAAGGUCUGGAACGAGGCUUAAAACAGAGAGCGAGACUGGGGAGAGACGCUAAAAAUACGGACUGUCCGUUUUGCAUACGUUAUAUUCGUUCAAAUUACCCGCUUCUCCCAGCCACGGGCAAUUCCCAUUGGCUAAAUUUCGGAGCAAGCUGUCAAGUAGUGUUUUCAACAAGUCAUUCGCCAUAUUCCGUACCGUGAUGAAUAGAUUCCAAAAGCUUUCGCUGUCAAAUGACGGAUGGUAACUGCCUGGAUUUGCUCGCGCAAGAAUUGGGAUUUGUUUAAAAAUCGGAGCAGAGGGAAGCUUUGGAGUUGCUGCUCAGGGGAAAGGAUGUUUUCUGUGUCCUACCAACCGGAUUUGGCAAAAGCCUUACUUAUCACAUGGUUGUACAUAAUAUAUAGAUUUAGCCAGGGCUAAAAGCGAAGCUCCAAUUAAGAAAUUUAUAAUUUAAAUCAAACAAUAAACUUUUAAUCCACAAAUCGGUUAACUUAAGGGCACAUUCAUGUGACUUUUGAGGGAAAGGCUAAGUUAUUUUAGAGUGAAACAUCUUGCAUCGAAUUGAUAACCUCAUAUGUACGCCCGAAAAACAGCAAACCUCUUCGAUCACAUUCAAGAUCACAGUAGAUUAGGCCUCGAAAACAAAUUCUUGGAAAACAAAGCACGCCGAAUUUUUUGCGUUGAACAGGUUUACUUUACAAAUUCUUACCAACAAAUCUGGGGGUGUUUAAACCAACCUUUUAUAAUUUUUAUACAUCACAUUUGAAGUGAAACAAUACUAUUUAUCAUACAGACCUCGGACAGAAUACGGUAUUUCACAAUUUUUCAAGACAAAUUGCACUCUGUCAAUAUUCAGAACGAUCAAUCAUGGGCUUAAAGCGAAACCGUUCUCGUUUCUAUAGUGCGAGCUGUCAGUGUGGUCGAGUGUUUGAAUGAACUUUAAUAGAGUUACGCUUCAACAUAAUAGCGAAUUUAUUAUUAUUAUUAUUUUUUUGUUAUUUAAUGGUUUCAGUUAUAACGAUGUGUAAUCUUAUAAAGCGUUUGAUACGCGCGACAUUUUUGAGUACUCCUACAAGCGGUGUUCAUGAACGAUGAAAACAAACGGCACGGACAAGCGAUUAAAAUUGCGAGGGAGACUACUAACAAUCAAAAAAAGGAAUAUAAUUCGGUGAAACAUUUACAGAGACAACAAUUUUCAUUCACGAAGACAAGUAUUAAAGUGUCUCUAAAAAUCCUCAGCCUUUAAGCGUACGGCUUAAGCCGGCUUCCCGGCGCGGUGUUUACUGUUUUCGAAGAUGAACUCCUCGAAGCAAGGAAAUCGCUCAAAGUUUUCUCUCUACAGCCAAAUUUAUGACUAAAUAUUCUUCGGAACGUUUUCUUUCUAUUUGCGGUGAGCAAAUAUAUCUGAAGGCUUUUUAAAGUUCCGUAAGCUUAUAUCAAACCUGAUACUAGGUCAGAUCAUUCACUCAAAUCCUACAAUCGUGCAUAAACUUGCCGCAUAAACUGUCAGCGUGAACUGUGCAAGACUUCAUGAAAUUAGAUAUAACAAAAACAAACAUCAAAUACAAUAAUUACUCAGGCUUACCAUUUGAGAUUCAGUUCCUCAAAGCUAUCAAGGAAGGCCACAGUUGUUUGAGACUUUUAAACCCUCUUACGCAUUAAGCAAGGUCAAAAACGAAAACGAUGCCAUCCAAAAACGAAUUACCGAAUUUUGACAAGCGACGCAUUUCUCAACCAAAAACCCAGUAAACAAACCAGCCAUGAAUAACAGAAGACUCUUGAUAGCAGCUGUAUUUCAUUUUGUACAUCCAGAGGAAAAAGACAGUUAAAACAUCUCAAGUUGACACAAAACUCUGUCAGCUUCAGCCGUCAAAGUUAACAACUUUCAAGAUGCUGCAUAAUUUGUCCGCAUGAACUCACCUGUCAAAUUUUGACCAAUCAGAGUAUAAAAAUUGGACGUAGAGCGUGACCAGCGCGUGACCAUGGUAAGAUAAGGUCUUCCCUGCCUGUACUUUUAAAAAAACUGGCUGAAUUUUCGCUUCCGAGGCCAGUUUGAAAUCAAAAUCCUAAUAGUGCGGGGCCAUAGUGACAAAAACACAACAUAUUUGAUAUGAAUCCUUGGAAAAAAUAAACUUGAGCCUGCGAUCAUUUGAAAGUGGUAAUUUGUCAGCGGAUAACUUCAAAAAAAUAUUCGACCUCAAUGGGUGGACACUUGAGCCCGCGGUACGGUCAGGUGAUCCUGGUCAGCGGAUGCCCUGUUUUGACAGCUGUCAAUUGAUCACAACAUUGAUAUGCAAUUAGUUUUCACGUGGGCUCCCUAGCUAAAAGUGUGAGAGUAAACAUUGGUUGUCCUGUGGUGCGGACGGACGGCGGGCGGUCGGUCGCUGUACGGUCACGUGAUUACCAAAUUUUCUGGGAUAGGUAGAUUACCUUAGCGAUGGGGCUCCGCCCACGCGCGCGCUUCGCGCGUGUGGAGCUCCGCUACGAAGAGUUCUUCAAGUUCCGACAGUCAUUGUUAUCUCGCCUAUGUAAAAAAGCGGGAUUGGUAGACAACACACGACUUUUUCCUCAUGCCAAAAUGCUGCCUGUUCCAAUGAAUUGUUUUCUUAGUCGGGUAGAUUAUGCUUUGGAGGAAAACGUUUUGACUAAGCAACUGUGAAUUUUGGCCGCUUAUUAAAUAUGUUUCAUACUGAGAGGUCAUGACUGGUCAGUAUGAUUUGCCCUCUGAUGCAAGAGCAUUUUCUUUUUUGGGCUCUUUAGAAAUGAAACGUUCUUCAUUGCGGCUGACUAAGAGUUUUAGGUUGUUUAAUUUCUCCAAAGUGCCUCCUGGAUUUGAAUAAUUCUAAGCAAUUUUCUUUUUGUCCAUGAAUGUGACUCUUUCCUGCAAGGUUUUGUCACGCUGGGCCCAGCUCGUUAGCGUUUUUAGCAGGAUGUUUUAAAUUCUCACGGAUAGCGAUUUACAGAGCCAAAUCUCAAAGAAGUGGAUUGGAAUGAGAGCACAGAAAGCAAACUCUUGUGGAGAAAGAUUCUCCUUCCUCGAGGACAACGAAAAGUUCGUUUUUCAGUAGGUGGGCCAACUUUGGUAACGUUUCUCCUUUUCUGGUAGGCGCAACAAACACAUUUUCCGAGCUUAUCCACCCACUCUUAAAAUUGCCAAACUGUGUUUUGAAAUUCUACAAGUUAUCCGAAGCGCUCGGCUCUUUCGGCUUUCUCCCCCUUCGAGGAGCAGGCACAGGCUUUGUUGGCGUACUGCCACUUCCACUCACUUUUCCUUCACUUUACAUACCACAUUUCACAGAGAAGUAACGCUAAAAGUUGCUUUAAAAUUACUGGAUACAACCAUUCAAAGCCAAUUGCAGCCAUUAACACGCGCUAUUCUUCCUCGAAAUCAAUCACUGAGUGUAUCAAAUUCACAAAGAGGGUGGAGUUGUGAACAGAUUUUUGACAGCUCGACGAGAUUUUUGAACCCCCCUGGUCGGAAUGAACUCAUUGUAUGGAAAACGGACAGUUUUUUUUUUUCUCUCGCCUCACUCGUCCUACGGGCGUGUGAGACUCUUAAGCCACACUUUGCCGAUUUCUUGACUGAUUUUGAGAAAAAAAUUGACUGUUCUGCAGUCUAACUCCUAGCCCGCGUAGCUGGUGGGAUUAGCGUCGGAGUGUUGUUUUGGCGGCGGAACCGCGAGAAGAGUGGGUACAAGUCAAUUUGAAAUCCUGCCUGUCACAAUUCUUGGGUAUUUUGAAUAGUCCGCAACCAGGCUUACGGGAGUUUCUAAUUGGCUGAGGAGCAAAAAAUGCCAAUCCAAUGAUAACUGAUAUCUCUACUAUCUCCAAGGGAAAGUUAGUUUACUUACGCAGGAAAUAUCGAAUAUAGUUGUCGCGAAAGCGUUCAUCGAGAAGUCUUCAAAUGCGCUAAAUGCCCGCCGAAAACAAGGAAAGAUUGUUUUGAAUAAAGAGCAGGAGACAGAAGUCCCUAACUUUCUUUGGGGAAACGAUGUUUUGGCCAGACUGCCCACAGGUUUUGGCAAGAGCAUGAUAUACACUAUCUUUGCUUUGGCGAGCCAAGAGACGCGAUCAGCAAAGACUGGCGGUUUAGUAGUCCCCCCGCUCUAAACCCUUAAGAAAGUAUCCCCCGCGAAUCCCACCAGCUACGCAGGCUAGUCUCCUCCACGCACGCUGAGCGGAUGAACUUUGCUCUAGCUUCCAGUAAUUGCACAUUUUAAUAUUUUCUCUUUUCGGUGAGAGUUCUGAUCCUGCUAGACUGCAAUCUUGUAGAACUUUCUGAACAGAACAUUUUGAUGCGGUAAGAUCUUCCAGUGUUAGAACAGUCGGAUCGAUCGGUUUACUUCGAGAAAGUUUUUACUGUAGUGGAGCGGAAGCUGACAUCAAUCAAUUUUCUCAUGUAGUGUACUUGUUAACGCCGCGAAAUGUUUCAUAAACGGAGACCCCAAGCAUCAAUCUAGCACCAACAAUUUUAUAAACUUGAAAAUCUUGUAAAAACUGAAAUACAACAGGAAAAAAUAAAGCUAUUACUAAGAAAUCUAAGGCAACUUAGAGGCUUGCAGCUAACACAUCCCUCGUGGUGCGAAUGAAAAAUAAUACAGAUCACUUAAUGUAUUGAUUUAAAUACCGUCGGAGAUUUCUUAUAUCAUUUAUUCAGCGUUAUCUAUGCCUUCCUUUCUUUUUUCAUUUUUUUGUUGUGCUAAUUUUUGAAAGGCUCGCCAAAAACAUAACAGUUUUUGAAAAAAAGAUUCACUGCGGCUAUUUUAGAUCAUGUUAAUCUGUUUACCCCAUCGCACACUUUUUAUAGUUUAAAAGAAAAAACUUCAUACAAAAAUAGAAAGUCGAUUGUCCAAAAUUCAAGAUAAAAACCCUUUCGUUGGUUGGUCCUUUUUAUCGGGUGUCAGUUAAACGCGCGGUCGGGGCUGGGGUCGGGGUAUAUCCUUUUUUUGAGAAUGCUGUUUUAGGGUUAGGGUUGACACUAAACCUAACCCUAAAACAGCAUUCUUUUAACAAAAGAUAGACCACGGCCCUGGCCCUGACCCUUACCCCGCGUUUUACUGACACCCUUUUUUAUUGCCUAAAAACUUCAACUUAACAUCAUAUCGCUCAUAAAAAUCGUGGCAAACAAUAUUGAAUAUGUGUGGCAACUGACAGGCUUUUCAUCCUUCAAUACUAGUAUUUUUAUUGUAAUUUGUUUUGUUACUUACUGACUUAUUUAUUUAUUUAUUCUUUUACUUUGUGCUGUGUAUUGAUGUUGUUAAUUUGUUGUCAAUCAAAAAAUAAACAAAAUAUCGCUCAUGUAUAAAGCGCUGUCGGUCUGUGCAAACCGCUGAACAUGCGAAUGGUUAUGUUAUUUUUUCUCGAGAAAUAAUUAGUUUUCUCGAAAUCCUUUCGAGAGAAAAAUUCAAAACUGCUGAUUUCUUGCAACUCGAGACUCGUAAGUCGAUUCAUUGACUCGAAAGUCGAAACUCGAACAAAUCGAGUUUCGAGAUGCGUGAAUCGAGUUUCGAGGAUGUGGUCGAAGAAGAUACAGACACUGUCCAUAUGGUCAUCCCAGUAAACUGAUUAAACUUAGGUUGGUGUACUCUGGCUUCAGAGGUCCGUUCUCGAAAUACAAUUAACUAAAAAAAAUUCCUCUGGCACACCGGGCAAGGUAGAGGAAAAGAAAUAAAGGGAGAUUGGCCCUUGAAAGUUUGCUGAACCUUAACUUUGCUACUAUUUAUGCCCUAAUAAAUUUAGAGCUUAUCGAUCAAUGGGCUCCUAGAAAUGUCUCGGUCUCCUAGCUUCUUAUUUAGGAGCCCGAAUGGCUGCCAAAUACUAACUUUGUUAGACAGCAGCCUUGUACCUUGCAACGAGCCUUGAAAGAAGACGAGACGAGCUUCUUGAUAGCAAAGCCACUCUCACACCUCAUACCCAACGUGCGUUCGUUGAAUAAUUGUAGUGUAUAAUAUCUUCCUGUUUCCAUUCUCUUUUCUAAGGCUUUGUCAGGGAGUAGGCAAGUGGCUUGUUUAGCUUAUACGCCACUGAAUGCUCCAGCUCUAGUUUUGGUAUUUGUUGGUUUUGUUUGUUUUCCUGAAUUGUUGCUUAUCCUCUUAUUUUUGUUUUAGCGGGUUUACAAUUCACAAGACGAUAUCUAGGAAAUACUAUGAAGGGUAGAGAAGGCUCGCCCGUGAACUUUACAUGGGAAUUUUCUGGUGAUGCGAUUACAGCUGAGUGGGGGAUAAAGAAAAGUGGUGCAAAUGACUUUACUUCACCUGGAAAAAUCUUAACUGUAAGGAAUGGUGGCUCGCAAACCCUGCAUAAUAUAAAUUAUGCUGGACGUGUUACUGGAGAUUUGAUGUCUGGGCAAGUGGUCUUUGCAUUUAAUGCGGUCAAGAGUGAAGAUAUGAACACUUAUCUCUGCAUUUUAAGAGCUGGGAGUGCCCAGGGAAGGGAUCAGUAUGAUUAUGUAAAUCUCAUUGUUGAAGGUACAGCUGUAACCAUGGUUAUUUUCAUCACCUAGUGUAUAUGUUUCUUUUCCAAAAGGGGAGCUCUUCCAUUUUUACCAGUUACUAUUCCUUAAAUUUCAGUUUUUUACUUUACAAGGCCUGACGGGAUUGGCUGUGAUAACAAUAUAGGCAUAGAAAUGUAACGAUGACUCUACCGCCAAAACAACGGAGCUUCGUGUUAUGGAGAACCAAUGAAAUUAGAGGUUGUUAGGAGAUGUGUACUAUUUUGGGUUUUUUACUCGCUACGGUUGUUAGGAAUCUGAAUUUUCUUUCUUUUUGAAUUCUCUCUUUCUUUGUCGUUGUCUUCAUGUCACCGCCGCUAUGAAAUUUUCAUGUUUGUCUUCCAACGAAAUUCGUCUCCUUCGUUUUUCAUCACUCGCUUGAGCUCUUUAUCUGUUAUCCACGUGAGUUUAAAUAUCAAAAAUAACGUCGAAAAAGACUUGACUUUGUUGUUGUUUUUUCUCUCUAAAAGUCUCGGCGGCCAUGCGAUUUCCUGCCAAAUAAAACCUUGAAUUGCAUUUGGGUAGCCAUACCUGUUGAUUGAGUUAUUUUACAUUGGUGGGCCCGUGGUGCGGACGGACGGGCGAAAGGGGGGACGUACGGUUACGUGACUACAAAAACUUCCCAGAUGCAUUGGUAACCAGAUUUUCUUACCCAUGGGGAUCCGCUGCGCGCACGCGAGAGAGCUCCACUAAAAGUUUGUUGCUUUUAUUAGAGGCAUAAUAUAUAGAUUCAAUAAUGUUUAUAGUUUGCUCAAACAAAUUAUAAAAUCGUGUUAUGCUAAAGGAAGGUGAUGUUACACGGGGCGAUUCGCAACUACGAUUUUUAGGGUAACACGGCGUUGCAAUGUUGGACCAAUGUUGUGACAAUUCGAAACAAUGUCGCGACAAUGUUGCAACGAUGUGUUGCGCCAAAAAUCGUCGUUGUAAAUCGUCUCGUUUAAGGUUUAUGUUGCACGGAACUAUUCGCAACAACAAUUUUUAGCCCAACACAGCAUUACAGCGUUCUUGCGACAUUGUUUCGAAUGGUUACAACGUUGCAAUGCUGUGUUGCGCUGAAAAUCGUCAAUGCGAAUCGUCUAGUGUAACAUCACCUUUACGAUUCGCAACGACGAUUUUUAGCACAACACAGCACUGCAAUGUUGGAACAAUGUUGUAACAAUUUGAAACAAUGUUGCAACGCUGUGUUGCGCUAAAAAUCGCCGUUUCCAAUCGUCUCGUGUAACAUCACGUUGCACCACACGAUUCGCAACAACAAUCUUUAGCUCAUCACAGCGUUGCAACAUUGUUGCGUAAUACUUUAAGAAGAAAAUCGUCAGAGUUAAAAACUGUUUCAUUUAGAAGAAUCGCACGCGAAAACCUCGUGAAUAAUGAUGAUGCAACCAUCUUCAAAAAUGAUGAAAAUCGUGACAUUUCUCAGCUAUUCGGUAUUCGACGAACUUCAUUAUCUUAUGAAACCAUGAGGAAACCUUGAAGCCUUCGCAACCCUCUAAGCAAUGUGUCGUGAGUUGAUAUUCAUAGUACGUUAACAAUUUGUUUAUUUUGUACCAGAUGAAAGAAGGAAAGACAAAGAAAAGUGAAUCUGUAGUAUGAGGAUCGACUCAGCUAUGCGUAGCGGUUCUCGUUUUCAUUAAUAUACAGCAAUACCCAAUUUUGCACAAGAAAUAGUCUUAAUUUAGGAAUAAAACAGUAAAUUGUCGAUACGGUUACACUGAAGCAUUCAAAUUACCUCCUGCACGUAAAACGUGUCUAUGUGUUUUUCACUGCCGCUCAUUUUCACCUUGGUGGCCGCUAGCAUUUCUCAUAGUCUUACCGCCGCUAUAAAAAUGUGUCCUUUGUUUUUUUAUCUCCCGCUCUAGCUCUCUGUCGCUCUUUUUCUCGUUGAGCUUCGCUGGCCUGUCGCCUACUUUCUCUUUUUCUCUGUCUUUCUCUAUAUUCUAAAUUUGUGGACAUGACAAUAACCUAAGCUUAAUACUUUAGACAACACGGAUACAGAAACGAUUUCUGCUUUCCGUUUUCAUAUUUAUUGACUCUUUAGUUAUCUCUGCUUCACAAGACGCGGGUGGCCAUGCGAUUUCCCGCCAAAUAACCUCGAGUUACAUUUGGGUUGCCAUACCUGUUGUUUGAGUUAUUUUACAUUGGUAUGCCUGUGGCACGGUCGGUCGGUCAGACGUUGGGUCACGUGAUUACCAAAAUUUCUCGGAUGGGUAGGUUACCACAUUUUCUUAGGUAUGGGGCUACGCUUGCGCGUGCGUGGAGCUCCGCUAUAAACGGAAGCUUCGCUUUUAACCCUGGCUAAAUCUGGCUGUAUUAUUUCAGUAGUCACACGUUUAUAACACUUGUUAUAACAAACUUUCAUCCUUUUCCAGUACAAAUGUGGUGACAGUUUUUCGAUAGCACCGUUUAAUGAAGAUGUAGCGUCAUCCAUUCCAAUCACCUUAAGUCUUUAUUAACUUUAUUGACUUUGUUAGGUCCGCCAACCAUCACACACAUAUCUGAUAAUCAGACAGCAAAUGAGGGAGAUAAAGUGAUGCUCAACUGUACAGCUGAUGGUAAUCCAACUCCAAACAUCACAUGGACAAGACUCUCUAAUAACAGUCGUAUUACCUUUCCCCUGGCCGUCAGCAGGCAUGAUGAAGGAGGUUACAGAUGCAGUGCUGUUAAUGGUAUUGCCACCAAGAUCCGUGAGGUGUUCAUUAUUGUACAAUGUGAGUAAGAUUUUUUAAUUCACGAUGCAUGGUGGUGUGGGACGGAUUAUGGUCUCAGCAGUAAAAUCAUUUAAACAUUUAAACCUAUUAUUGUUGUUGUUAUUGUACCUUUUUUCGACAAGGAAGCACAAGACGAAAACAAUCAGUAAUUCAUAAAGAAAAUACAAAGUAAAUUAAUGUUUAAUGAGUGUUUGGAAAUCAGAUGAAAAACUGCCCAUUUUGACAUCCUUAAUUUCUCCUUCUAAAAUCAUUUUGUUUGAGAAGUAAUAUCAAGUGUUCAACAGUGUUUCAUCACAAGAUGAAACACCUCGAAGUUCGUCAAAAAUACUUCGCUGAGCGUCGUAUUUUCAACUCUCCUCUCAGUGUUUCAUGUGGUGAUAAAACACUGCGUCUCUUGCUUUAUAUAUUACAUCACACAUCAGUAUAUUAAGUACGGAGUGUUUACACAGCUUGCAUUACUAAUCGUUACAUUUUCUUUUAGCAAUAUUCGUGGCCUUUGAUUGUUGGCAUGAUUAUAUUUCACAGACGCAGCUACAAUAGAGACGGUCUCUCCUGUAAAAUCCGAAUCUUGGAUUGGACAAACUGUUAAAUUGACGUGUGAGGCAAAUGGUGCCCCGACGCCAACCUUGUCAUGGAAAAAGCCAAGCGGGAAAGUAGUAAAGCAAGUAACAGAACUGAAAAACACAGUAGAAGUGCCAAUGAGAAAUGAUCAGGACUUUGGAACUUACACAUGCGAGGCCACUAAUGAUGUUAAUACUGCUAAUAGCACAGUGCAGGUUCAGCAGAUAAGUAAGUAGAAUGUCUAUUGUGCUUUGGUUGUAUUAAAUAUCUGUGAUAUACAUACACUUACAACCGGGCAAAAAAGUCAUUCUGUAAUUUUACCGUUUGCACAAUGGUUGCAACUAUUUCUUUCAUUUUUAGUAUGCAUCAAGGGGUGUGGGUCCUUUGCAGCUAAACAGUCACUUAGGACAAAAACAACGUGAGCAUGCGCAUGGCCAAGAAAAACAUCACGAUUACGCCAUUUAUAAGGUAAAUUUCCCGUCUUUCCAAAACCCACUUUGUAGUCUGCGGUCUAGCGAGGGGUUUAUGUACCAUGUGACUGUUUGGCUGCAAAGCGUCCGUACCCCUAAAUGCAUACAGGUUAAACGGUUGAAAAAAUGAUGUGUGCGCAAACUGCAGAGUGACAGAAGGUUGAUACUUCAUCCUAAUUAUAGGUGUUUGUAUAUUGUAGAUGUUUACAACUAAACACAAAACAAGAACAAAAAGGGCCCAUCAAUCCACGUACCUUGCUGUUGGGUAUAUUAUAUACAGCCUUAUUAUGAUGCCUAGAAGCAAAGGUGGCCAUCCAACUGUAUUUUGGUAUUAAACUUUCACUAAGAAACACAAAUAAACACAGAAGAUGAGACCUCAUUAAAUUCGAAUUGUUUUAUUUUGGCAAUGCCCUAUAAUCCCAUUGUCUUUUGUGUCCUUAUUUUACGGGGGUAGACCUUAGGCUAAUAAAUUGACAGUUCAGUUCUGCCUCGAAAUCUGUCUUUUAAAAUGUUUUCCGAGUGAGACAUUUAACUUCUGUAAUUAAUAAUAAAAGUCAAAAUCCGAGUUUUCACCAGUCAACGGCAUCAUCAUCUCAAUUUUAUUUUAUAAUCAAUGUCCGGAUAAGGUAUUUAUCAAGCUUGCUAUAAAUCGUCUAAGGGGAUAUAUGUACUUGCAGUUGGUUUGUAGUGCUUUCCAUCUUUUGCGUCUUACCGAUCUAUUCUACUUGUCCAUCCUUCUCUUGUUUGUUAUGUCAUGUGUGAUUCUUUCUUUUUCUGUGUAUUUUCGUCUGGCAGCCUUUCUAUAUAACCAUCAGGUAACAAGACAAAAUGGAGCUGGGAGCUAUAGUAAUAUUCUUUAGCGUUUAAUUUAAAAACUUGAGUUCCGGCCCAAAACGGGUCUCUGAUUCGCAUAAGCAUACAAAAUACCGACCUGCAAUCCUCCUCUAUCAUGCAUGCAUUUCUGCGGACCUAUUUUGUUUUUCUUCAGAGGCCCCAGGCUCACCGACCGUCACAAUGAAGAUUGAAGCAACGUCAAUAACAGUUAGGUGGACAAAACCAGCUGAUGAUGGAGGAAGUCCUAUUACAGCAUACAGAGUGUUAAUACUGCGGGGCAACACGGAGAUAGAAAAUAAGAAUAUUACCAAUAUGUCGGUCAAGCAUCAAGAUAUUGGAAGUCUAAACAAAAGCACAAACUACACUAUUAAGUUGUUUGCCAGAAAUUACGUGUUUGAGGGAAAAGCAACUGAAAGGAAAAUUCAGACCAAGUAUGAAGGUAUGAAAAUCUGUACUAAGGAUGCAUAAGAAUUGAAUUCAGUCAGUUGAUUUAUUUAAAUAUUCAUUUAUUUUUAUUAAUACAAGUGACCAGCGCAUAGCAGCGUAUUUUUUAUUUGACGAUAAAUCCGUCAGCCCCAAAACUAAAUAUUGCACUUUAUGUGAAGGCAGGGUCCACAAUCAUAGCCCCUUGUUACGCAGGAAUGUGGUCAUAUCGACCUUCAUGUUUAUUGCUGUUCACACCCUAAUAGUUAUUUAUAUAAAGUGAGUUCCUUUAAAUCUGGAAUGAGACAAAAACCUGUUAGAAAAAUAAAACCAAAACGUAUUUUGUUAUCAACAAAAUACGUAGCUGUGUGAAGUUUUGAAUAUGAAAAUCAUAUAUGUGAACUGCGGAGUGGAAAGUUAUAUGAAAGUAGAUAUUCGCAAUUGUAGACGCAGCUUUUGCAGUUGCGAAAAGGGAGCCUGAAAAAAAAAAUUAUGUAGCUGUGUGCCGCUCAGAAAUAUUAGUUGAAAAAAAGUGAUAAAAUCCGUA